AUUUCAAUUUAAAGGCCCUUAGAUUUCUCCUUAUUCCAGAAGGCUGCCCAGAUGAAGCUCUCAUAAAUUAUCCCUUUUGGUGUAAUUUUGUUUGUCUGGUUUUUUUCUUGUUUCUAAGGAAACAUUUAAAAAUUGGCUUCACUUCUUCUAACCACUUCUACUGACUAAUCUGAAUAGAACACAGUGCUGCCUGAACACAAAGGCUGUUGACAUCUCUAAACCUGAAGGAAGCUGCAAAGGUCUCCAUGAUUGAGUAGUCAUUUGAGUGUAACUUGCUAAGAGGCAAGUGGAUCGUAUCGAAGACCCUAUGUUCAGAGCAAACUCUUUUAAGAUGUUAGUGAACACUACUUUAGAAAGCAAGGAAUCUGUAUUAAGCAACUUUAGCCUCGCUUGAAUGCUGAACAUCUACAAUGGACUUCAGUGGACAAUAUGAGCUCCAGAGCCAAGAAAAUAUGGAACAAUUUAUGGAAGUUUUGGGAGUCCCAGAUGAUAUGAUUGAAAAAUUCAAAGACCUCAAGAGGGUUACUAAAAUUGUCCAAAAUGGAGAUGACUUCAUAGUUGCUAUCCAAACUGGUGAUCAGGUACUUGUCAAUAAUUUCACACUUGGACAAGAGACACAUGUGCAAACUCCUGCAGGAGACAAGAUCAAGGCUAUAAUGAACCUAGAGGGAGAAAAUAAGCUAGUUGUUAAAGCAAAAGAUUUUACUUCAGUUGCAGAGUUUGAUGGAGAUCUGCUGACAAACUUUCUUUCUUCACCACCACCACCCCACCCAAAUUUUACCAACCCCUACCUGGAGAAAGGAGUCAAGGGAGACAGGUCGUAA